AUGUUUCGUUCUCCUUUUCUUCGCUACGCCCCUACCGGUGCGGCGAAGGUACCGGAGCAGCUGCCUGAGUGGGCGAUCAAAAAGCGCACGUACCUAAGCUUGGCACUGGACCGAUGGGCACUAAAAUUGCAACGCUUAGCCACGAAAGUAAUCGCCGUUAGUGAUCGUAUGAUGGGCGUGCAGCCGAAGGAGGAGCUCUAUCGCAUUCCGCGUCUCCUGAAGGUGAGUGGGAAGCGACCGACGGUCAUGGAUAACUGUUUCAUUGCGCCAAGCGCUCUAGUCACCGGUGAUGUGCAUGUGGGGCGAAAGAACUAUAUCGGUUAUAACGCCAUCCUUCGUGCCGAAGAGGGAGAGAGCAUUCACCUUGGCGAGAGCUGCAACGUGCAGGAAAAGGCGGUAGUCACGGGAAACACAACAGUGGGCAAGUGGACUACGAUUGAACCCAUGGCCAUAGUCGAGUCUGCUGACAUUGCAUCAUGCUCGUUUGUAGGAGCGGGCGCAAUUGUGAUGAAGGGUUGUAGCAUCGAGUCCGGUGCUAUGCUGUGCGCGGCGAGCGUUCUGCAGUCGGGCGCAAUUAUCCCUUCCGGUGAGAUGUGGGCCGGCAACCCGGCUCAGAAAGUGGCGUACCUCACGGAGAAGGAGAAAGAUGACAUUAUCAAGUCUGCCAAGCAUUCCGUCCUUCUCGCUAUCGAGCACCACGACUCGUGGGAGCUCACCUGGGAGGAAAUCGAGGACCAGCGCGACGCUCGAGAACUGUUUGCGCGGUACGCCGAAAGCAACCGAGAGCUGCGUAUCAAGGCUAUGUACAUCAAGGAGCCGCCACGACCGAAUCGGAAGAAGAUGGGCCGCCGCACGCCGCAGGAGGUGAUGGAGGGUAGCGAGAACACUCCCGCGCUGGCUGAGAGUAUGCACCAGGGUUACUAA